AGCAUGCCCCAGCAUCAUCUAUUGCAGAUAUGGGAUAUGGAUUAGAAGGAUAGGAUGUCUGUGGAAUCAGUACAUGCUGUCGACCUUCAAAAGGGAGGAGGUAUGGCAUGAUACCAACAACCCAAGCUUGGGUGGUACAGCUGUCUGUCUGGUACGUCAGGCAUCUAUCGACGACUCUGGCGGUCUACAGCUCUCCGUCCAGUUUAGUGCUGUCCAUAGUGUCGCGUAGUAUGAGCUCGUACUCGCUGUCAGCGGGAAGGCGGCAGACCAGACGGGAUGCCUCAGGAGAGGAGUCAAGUUUGUCCUGUUUGUUCUGUGUAUAUCCCAUCUGCCAAUAUUAAGGAGGAGCGGUGAGCGGUGCAGC